AUGGAUACUGAUGUUGACAAUGCCUUUGUUGUGCAUUGGGAUGGAGACAGACAGAUGCGAUUUGUUAAUUGUAAGGGUGUAUAUGUGUUGGAGCAACUUGGAGCGGAUGUCAAACCAGGUGCCAAAGAGACAAGUGCGAUGUAUUGUCGCCAGUUAAGCAGCGUAAAUAAACAACCCCAUUUCGAACUUUCUUCAAAACAGAAUAAAUAUGCUGGACUUGGGAUGACUGUGAAGAUGGCAACGGUUCAAAAGAACAAGGAAGGAUUCCCUCCAAGACAAGUCAAGGCUGCGAUGGAAGGGAGAAGUGCGAUGCACAUACUCAAUGCUCCAAGCACCAAAAGGCUGAAGUAUGCGAUCCGAUCUGGUCUCAUCAAGAACUGUCCUAUCACUGAGGAAGCGAUCAAUCAUGCCGAAGCAAUCUUUGGACCUGACGCCUCUACAUUGAAAGGCAAGUCAACAAGACCAACUCCGAAGAAGACGUAUGACGACUUCUUCAGUCCACCAGAGGAAUUGUAUCAACAUAAUCGAUCUAUUACCGUCUGCAUUGAUCACAUGGAGAUCGAGAAUGCUAAGUUUCUCACCUGCAUUGAUACCACUGUGCGUUAUCGCUCAUGUAUUCCCGUGCAGAACCUGAAGACUGACCCUGUAUUUGACGCAUUGGAUAAGAUAU